UUCGAGGAUACUCAGAAGGUAGACAAUUACUACCAUAGCACCCUGUUAGCGAACGUCUAUAAGGCAGAAGACUGCCAGAUUCACAAGAGCAAGAAGCAAGAACUAAGGAAGACUAUAAAGAGGGAGACGCCUUACCGUAAUAUUUACUAG